GUGGGCCAAGUUCAAUUAAAAAGUGGGGGGGGGGGAAGAAGAGAGGGAGGGGAGGGGCCGGUUUGCCUCGCGCCUAUGGAAUGCAAGAUUCGGUUUGGGCAGGGGGAGGAGUGUUAUCUAGGUCUCUGACCAAUCCUGUGAGUGCGAGGAGGAGUCUUGCUCCUGAGAGGGGAACGGAGGGGGCGUGGUGGUGGUGGUGGUGUCUGAGAGAGUGAGACAUUGGAGAGUGAGAGAGAGCUCGGGCAACCGGCGAGCGAGUGUGACAGGCUGUUACUGAGGAACGAGCGCGAGAGCGAGUGUGUGUGUGUGUGUGUGUGUGUGUGUGUGUGCGAGCCCGAGCCUCCCGCCCUCCCACCGUGCUGCCUCCGCGAGGGAGGAGCUGCCAACCGUCCGCGGUGGUCACGAGGUGCCUCACUCUGAAGGACUGAAGGGAGCCAGCGGCGGCGGCGGCACAGCGGACGAUCUCCAUGGCGAGGCGCGGCUUCUCCAGCAGCAGCGGUGCAGCCUCCCCGGCCCGCGGGCUCUAGUGCCCCGAAGCAGCCUCACUCGUUCCCACAGCCCCGGCCCUCGGGAGCCGCUUCCUUCCUCCCUCUCUUCCUUCCUCUCUCCCUUCCCCCCUUCUGUCCUUUGCUGCCGGCGCCCUCGGGCGGGUUGGCGGCGGCCGAGCCCCGGCGGGAGGAGAAGGAGAAGGAGGGGUUACCCGCCUCUAUGAUGAAGUUUAAGCCGAACCAGACGAGGACGUACGACCGCGAGGGCUUCAAGAAGCGGGCGGCCUGCCUGUGCUUCCGCAGCGAGCAGGAGGACGAGGUGCUAUUAGUGAGUAGCAGUCGAUAUCCAGAUCAAUGGAUUGUCCCUGGUGGAGGAAUGGAGCCUGAGGAAGAGCCAGGUGGUGCUGCAGUAAGAGAAGUGUAUGAAGAGGCUGGUGUCAGAGGAAAAUUGGGCAGACUUCUGGGGAUAUUCGAGCAGAAUCAAGACCGCAAACAUCGCACUUACGUUUAUGUUCUUACUGUCACUGAAAUAUUGGAAGACUGGGAAGAUUCUGUUAACAUAGGCAGGAAGAGAGAAUGGUUUAAGGUUGAAGAUGCCAUUAAAGUUCUUCAGUGUCAUAAACCUGUACAUGCUGAGUAUUUGGAAAAACUGAAGUUGGGCUGUUCACCAACCAAUGGAAAUUCUAUGGUUCCCACCCUUCCAGACAACAAUUCUUUGUAUGUAACUUCUGCACAGACUUCGGGGUUGCCAUCUACUGUAAGAUAAAUAUUUAGGUGACCAUACAUGGUCUCACAGGGAGAAAGGCUUCUGGGUUUGACAUCAACAUGUUUAAACUAACUGAAUUGUCAUACAGAAUGUAUUCAGUCAGUUUUCAUAUUUUUCAGAUGCUUUGAAAUAUUUCCCUUUUUUGUUAACAGUGUAAAAUAUUUCAGUAAACCAAAGCCAUAUGGAUUUUUUUUAAAGAUGCCUUAACUGUGUGCCCUCUCCCUUUCUCCAAAUACAUUUUUAUUUUUGUUUUUCAGACUGUUCUGCAUUCUGGUCUUUAAUAUUGGUUAGUUUCCACAGUAACCUACUGUUGUGGUUUUUUUUUUUUUUAAGUCAAGGGGAGAGAUGACUAGGUACUUUCCUUAAAGUAUUGACCCACUGAAAGAAAGCCUUCUGUAGUGCUUUUUAGUUGUUAGAGCUACUCAUUUCAAAAGAUUAAAAUGUUCAUGGUGCCACUUUGUUUCAGAUACAUUAUAGCCCUCAUGAUUUCUUUUAAUUUAGAGAAAAUAGAUGUGUAUUGAACAGCAUUUCUCUACUACCAUUAGAGGGUAUUGUUAUAUAUACAUGUGGUAUCUUUCCCCUCAAAGUUUAAAUGUUUUCUCCUCCAGUGCCCAGGAUGGCUGACAUUUCAGUAUGAGAUGGCACUAUUGUAUUGCAUAUACCCUGGAAAUAUAUAAAACAGGCUCAUGAAAAACAGCAUUCAGAUUUCAUCCUCAUCAUCUUUUUUGCUUUAUCAUCCUUUUGGGCAGAAUGCCCUAGCUUAAAGCAUCAAUUUUUAAUGGGGAAAAAAAAUCCAAACAAUACGUCAAUUUCAUCACGAACUAUCUUUUUAGUUGGUUUGCUUCAAUUAAUCCACUGCUACCAAAAGCACACUGGCAUCAAACUCAUACUUUCUGUCAUUCCUUUUAGUCCUUGGGAGAGCCUCCUCCCAUUAUCUUUCCUGGUAAAGCAAUAGCCAACAGAAUUUAAGAUGUCCAGGUACAUAUGAUAUAUGAUGAUGGAAAGCUUAUCUUAUUUUUAGGACCUCUAUAUAUAAACCCCUCAAACAACAACCCUUCCAAUUUGGAAAAAGAUUACGAUUGGGGUUCUUAAGUUCUUUUCAGUCUUAAAAUCAACAAUCUCAUCUAAAAUGCAGAUGUUUCUUCUGAAACUCCCAUGUCAGGUCAGAACUGAGGCUUAAGUACAAAAACCUUUAGUAUUUUGAAGAGAUUCGGGGUUUAGAAUCAUUCUAUAUACAUAACAUUUAAACAUUUGUAAAUAGUGAGUAUAAAGUGGAAAGUACAUAUAAUUUAAACACUUGUUAUUCAGUACACAAAUCGUUAACCUACUUUUAAACACAAUUGUGUAAAAUGCUGCUAUAAAUUAAAUUUGAGUGCUGUUACACUUUUAGGAAUUAUUGGUGCCACAGUUUGAAAUGAGAUCUUGUGCCAUUCAGAUACACCAGAUCUUAAGUACAAGUUCUAAUUCACGUGAAAAUAGGUUUUGGAUAUGUACUCCUGACUAAAAGAAAUGAAGAAAGUAGAAUAUGAACAUUUUUUUUACCACUGUUGGAGAAUUUCCUAUUCUAAAUUAUGUAACUUGAUUGAGAAAUGUCAUUAUUUCUCUUUGAACAGGAAGUCAAACAUCUUUUCAAAAAGCAUUCUGGCCAGAUCCUUUAAAUCCCACAAAUUGACUUAGAAAAAUCCCAUGGACUAGAUAGUUUCUCAGAGUAACUUUUAAGUCAUUUGAGAAGUUUCUUUGAAUUUCAAACAACCAAAAGAAACUGGAUUUUAUGGAUGCAAUUUUUGUACAUAAAACUACUCCCACUUAACAUUCUAUGACACUGGGAAUUUUUAAAAAAGCUUGUACAUGGUAUUCUUAGAGGUAAUAAUGCAUGAUCUUAUUUUGUAACUCAAACUAUGUAUUUGAUAAAAAUGUAAAAAAUGUACAGUAUUGAUGUUAUCAACUCAUAAGAGUUGUUAGCCUAUAAAUAUUUUGUUGUAUAAUUUUUUGGUUAGAACAUUGGCUAGAACAUAGAACAUUGGGCUUAGUAGUGCCAUAUCAGGAUUCCUUAAUGUCAUUGUACAGAUCUCUUUAGUCUCUAUGCAACUUGCAAAGUUCCCUCAAUUAGUUUUGAUUCCUUCCUACUGCUCUCUCUGUGUAAUUUAACAGAACAUAUUACAAUUGUCAUAUUUCAAAAGUACCUAUCGUAAUAGGGUUGGCUAUUGUUAAAUGUUUCAGACUAGGCUAGCAGAAUUGCAUCUUUAAAACACUUUUAAGAUAGCUGGAGACACCUUCUGCCCAAAUAGAGAUAAGCUUAGUGAAGUGGCCAAAUGUUCUCUCAUCCUGGUUUUUAAACAUAGUUGGCCCGUUGAUUUCCUAUCCCCUGAAUUUAUCUUGGAGGGUACAGGAGGCCUACUUAUGAUUGAUUAGAACAGAACUAACUAUAGAAGACCAUUAGUAAUACUGCCUUGUUGGCAUUAGCAAAAAGCUCUUCUGCCCCUUUAGUUAAACCACAGGUGGGUGCCAUACUCUGAACACUUAAGAACUUGUAUGGACCAGGUUUGGGGGUUGCCUAACCAUGUGGAAUUUUUCAAGAAGUGUUCUGUUGACAACCUUAAAGAAGCAAACUAAGGAAACAAAAGGCUGUAAACAUUUUUAAUUGCUUUGCAUGGUUUUCUUUUGAAGAUUGGUGUAAGAAUUUUGACUUUUUAUAUUUGAGAUGAAACAUCAGAAUAAAAAUUAAAUAAAA